ACCCGGUGUUGCUAUGACUGGCUGUAAAAAGCGAGUGCGAGUUUAGGUAGUGCUACUACGACCGUUGGUGCAGCGCGGGCGCUAGCUAGGGUCGUGUUGCUAUGGCUUGGGUCGGAGGGCGAGCGCUAGCUAAGGUAAUAGUGCUAUGCUGCCCGCUCACACACGCACUGGCAGGAAGCUGUCCGCUAACGUCUCGUCACACAGUGCUGCGUUGCGCCACUGUGAAGCAGAACAUGAAAAUAACGCAUCCCUGCAAAGUUGCUCUGUUCCUGAUGAAAGAAGCCCUCUCGGAGAUCAUCCAGCUAGCCACGGUGGAUUCAGAGCCCUGGGUGUUGAUGGUGGCUGAUAUUCUCAAGUCAUUCCCAGAGACGGGCUCUCUCAAUCUGGACCUGGAAGAGCAGAACCCCAACGUACAGGACAUCUUGGGGGAGCUUCGCGAGAAAGUUGGCGAGUGUGAAGCGUCGGCCAUGCUGCCCCUGGAGUGCCAGUACCUGAACAAGAGUGCGCUGACCACCCUGGUGGGACCCCUCACGCCGCCAGUCAAACACUUCCAGCUCAAACGAAAGCCCAAGAGCGCCACCCUCAGGGCCGAGCUGCUACAGAAAUCCACAGAGACUGCACAGCAGCUGAAGAAGACAGCCGGAGUGCCCUUCCACGCCAAAGGCAGAGGGCUGGUCAAGAAGAUCGACACCACAACUCCUCUCAAGGGGAUCCCCAAGGCCCCGUUCCGCAGCCCCACCACCCCCAGUAUGUUCAGCCCGCCCAGCAACCGGACCCCCAUCGCCCCGCCCCGCACGCCGCUGCGCAAGGAGAGAGGAGUCAAGUUGCUGGACAUUUCAGAGCUGGACAUGGUCGGUGCCGGCAGGGAGGCCAAGAGGAGAAGGAAGACACUGGAAUUGGAGGCGGGCGAGAAGGCGGCCAAGGAAGACGCGGUGGUGGAGAACGCCACCCCAGACUACGCAGCUGGUCUGGUCUCCGCCCAGAAACUGGGGGCGCUGAACAGCGAGAGCGCCCUCCCCUCCACCAGCUACCUGCCAGCCACUCCCAGCAUGGUGCCUUCCUCCUCCUACAUUCCCAGCUCAGAGGCACAGCCAGCCAAUGCCGGUGGUUCAGGCCGCGACACCUUGCAGUCGUCGCGGCAACCGGGGGAGGAGCCGGGCACCCCGGGCGGUGUGGGCGGGGCCAGCCUGCCGGGCCAGUACAAGCAGCGCACGGCCAUGUACAACGCCGCCACCACGGCCGCCGCCACGGCCACGCCCAGCCCCGCCACGCCCGCCUCCCCCAGCACGCCCGCCGCCGCCACGCCCGCCAGCAACGGCCCCCCCGCCGCCGCCACGCCCGCCGCCGCCGCCGCUGCGGGUAACGGCCAGCCGGAGGCCCCGAGCCAGCCGCCCAGCACGCCGCUACAGACCCCCACGCCCGCGCCUACGCCGGCACCGCCCCCGCCCAAGAAGAACCUCUCGCUCACGAGAGACCAGAUGUACGCCGCCCAGGAGAUGUUCAAGACGGCCAACAAGGUCACCCGGCCAGAGAAGGCUCUGAUCCUGGGCUUCAUGGCCGGCUCCAGAGAGAACCCGUGCCCGGAGCAGGGCGACAUCAUCCAGAUCAAGCUGAGCGAGCACACAGAGGUGCUGCCCAAGGCGGACGGGACGGGCAGCACCACCAUGUUGGUGGACACCGUCUUCGAAAUGAACUAUUCCACCGGCCAGUGGACGCGCCUCAAGAAGUACAAGCCCAUCGCCACCACCUCCUGAGGCCCGGCCCAGGCCGCCCAGAGGACCUUCUCACACACACACACACACACACGCAUCCAAACACACAUACACACACACGCGUGGCUGUAUAAAUACACAAACUGUACAGGAGACGCAGCGUGGUGACAUGCCUACACUUUCCUUUGGGCCAAAAUCCAAGCUCCCGGAAGUCCCUGCAGAGCCAAAGACGCAGACGACGGAGGAAUCCCCUCUGUUUGUUGUUCUUCUGUUUGUGGGGGGGUUUAUGUUUUGAUUUCUUUCUCUCCCCCCGUCCCUGUUUUUAUUGUUGGGUUUUUAUGUUUAAAGUCUCUGAAGAUUCCUGAAUGUUCUCAUGGGAGAGAAUGAAUGCAGGGGGUGGGUUGGGUGGUGGGGCGAGAGACGGAGAGUGUAUUUGGAGGGUCAUUUGUGGGUUGGGGGUGAGUUCUCCUCUAAAGGAAGGUACUCUUUAAUAUCUGCUUGUGUCCCUUCCCCAUAACUGUAUGACACGCGCUGCAGUUUCUGUAUCAACCGGAGACCUUCGUUCUCUUCCUGUUCACACAAACGACGAAUCAGAUGAAUGAAAUAUAUAUACAAAGAUGGCCGAAGCAAGCGUUGACAGCCCCAGAAGAGACUGAUGCCGUGGAGAUCCGUUUGGGAACUUUCUCAAAGUCGUUUGGGUUUCAUCCUAUUUUUUCAAAGAAAGGAUGGAAAUAAAACAAAACCGACUCCAGGGGGCGCUGUUCUACGUCUUUAUUUGAGGGUAAUGUUGGUUAUGUUUCACUCUGACAAUUGCCGAUAGCCACCUUACCUUGUGUUUUUGUAGGGUUCGGUGGGGGGUUUAUACCAACAUGGUGGCAGAUUUAGGGGGGAGGGGGAUGUAGAUUUAAUGCAUUGUAAUUAUAUCUGUGUUAAUCCUGCAGAGGCUUUAACUGGUUCCCGUUCGCCCAAGUUAAAAAUGUUUUAUUUUUAGCCAGUUCAGAUGACCCAUAUUUAAGUGCCGAUACACAAGAUAAUUGAAUGUGGAAAAUGUAAAAAAAAACUAAUGUCAACUUUUAACGUUAACUUAGGAACUUUAUUGAAGUUCAUUUACUUAACAAAACAAUAAAAAGUGAAAGUUAUCAAACAUG